AUGUGGGUGAUGCUUCCGAUCGUGGGCGGGGCGGCGAUCGCGAAGAAGAUCACCACCACCUCGGCAAACGCGAAUUCGAACGCGAGAGCAAGUUUUAAUUUUGAGGACGACUUUGAAGAAGAAGGAGAAGGAGAAGGAGGAGAAGACGAUGAUUUUGAAAACGUGAAGAAGACGAUUCAGACGACGACGAACGACAACAACGACGACGACGACGACAACAAAAGAAGAGGAAGACAACAAAAGCCACGAGUCGAAAGGUUGUUAGGCGAGAAGAAAUCAUCAAUCGAGCAACUUCUGCCGUCCAUUAACGUGGAGGAGAUACUCUCGACUUUGAAGAAAGAAAACUUCGCGUUAGAGUGCGAACUUGGGAUGAUGUCCGCGACGCUGGAGGAGGAGACGUUGAGAGCGGACGCGCUGGAGGAGGAUUUGAACGACACGCGGCAAACUUUACAAGCGGUGGUGGAACGAGACACGUUAUCGGAGACGGGGAGGUUGCAAGAUAAGUUGGCGCUGGCGCAAGAUGAAUUGAUCUUGUUGAGCGCGACCGCGGAGGAGGAGUUUAAGAAGAACGACGAGUUACGAGAGGAGUUGAAGAGAGUGCAGAAUACUUUAGACGAAGUCGUGAAGAGAGAGAUGGCGACGGUGAGAGAGAACGAGGAUUUGUUGAGACGGUCAAAGUUUGAAAUCAACGAAGAGUUGAUGAUUCAAAAUAGAAAAAUCGAGACGCUCGCGCAAGCGAAAGAACAGUUGGAAGGGAAGUGCGCGACGUACGAGACGAGGAUUGAAAAGGCGAAAAUCGAAUUCGAGGAAACUUUGAAGAAAUAUUCCGAGGCGAACAGAAUCAAUGUAGAGAAAAUUCAGAAAGGAAAGGAGAAAGAGCUGGACGCGAUGGGAAAGGAGUUGGAGGAGACGAAAGCGGAGUUGUUGAGAAGUUUGAACGUGAUUGAUGAACUUCGAGAAGAGCUAGUAAUAACCGCGCGAGCGGUUGCGGAAAGAGGAGGCGGCGGGUCAACUAAUACUACCGCGGACGACAGAGAUAGAGAGUCAGAGCACGCGUUAUACGUCGCAAAUCUCGCCGAAACGAUCGAUGAGAAGGAAGACGAGAUCCAGUCGUUAUUGAUGGAGAUUUCCACCUCAAAGCGACGAGAGGAGUCUCUUCGCGAAAAAGUCGUCAGUUUAUCCGCGGAGAAGGUUCAGCGGCAACAACGAGGGGGACACGCAAGAAUGGAAGACUCUUUCGAUGAUUUAUCGUCAACAAUCGAUGAAGAAAUGUUGAAGACGGAGAGCUCUAAAGUUGCCAACUCGGCAUCGAAAGCGUCUCCAUCUGGCAGCGGCGGCAGUCCGACGACGAGAAGAUUUGGUGGAUUAUUCGGACGCAAUAAUAAUAAUAAUAACAAUAAUAAUAAUAACAACAACAACAACAGCACUAGCAGGAACAACAAAAAAAUGAGCGGUAGUGAUGAUAGAGUAGGAUCAAGGAACGUCUCACCUUCUCCGUUGUCAGCGUUUGCCAAAGAUGCGAACGAGGCGCUUCUCACGCCGCCAAUCUCAGCAAUGACACCUCCAACGCCGCCAAAUGUUGGAAGUAGCGCCACGAAAAGGACGAAAGCCGUUUUGCCGUCUGAAAUGAAAGACAUGCAACAAAAAGUUCAAGAAUUAGUCGCGAAAGUUGACGGCGCGACGACGCCGCAAGGAAUUAGCAACGCGUUGCGCGAGUUGGAGGAGUUGCAACAGAAAUUAUCGAAUAUUGAGUUUACUCCGGACAGUCCUUCUCCUCUUUCUUCUUCGACGAAAGGGGAUGUGAUGAUGGUCACGCCUCCGCCGACGACGUCUUUCAGCGUGAACAUGUCGCCCUCGCCGCCGCGUUCGACGCGAAAAUCCGAUGGUAAACAACAACAAAAGCAUCAAAACCGAUCGGUAGACGAUCGUGAUGAAAACACUCACGUCGUUUCGGCGUCGGUAGCGGCGGACCCGUCGUCAUCGUCAACAAACAAAGAAACGACUUUAGCGGAACCGUGGCUAGGAAAAUCUCCGACGGGUAAAAUUAAGCCUCUCAAAAAAUGCACCGCGUGCCAAACCGGUUUCCCGGAACCAGGAAAGCAGUUUUGCAUGCAUUGUUUGACGCCACCGAAUAGGCGCGGUAUCAAUGAGGGAAAUAACACGACGACGCCACCGAAAGAAGCCUUAGAAAAGAAAAAGAAGAAGAUGAAAGUGAUGAAGAUGUUCUCGCCGAAAGGAAAUAAAUAA